AUGGAGGAAGACAGCGAGAUGGCGCAGAGCCUCGCAGAUGAACUCGAAAGUGCAAACCAAGAGUUCACAGAGGAAGCGGAUGUGAAUCCUACGGUAAGUGAGAUUACGAAAGCAGUAGAGAAACUCAGAUCCGAGUUACGCAAAAUCAGAACAGUAGUAGAUGAUGCUUUGGGCAUGGCAUUUCGAACAAAUAGCGAAGUGCGAGAAAAGGUGUACAGUGCGGUAAGCGACCAAAUUGGAGUAGCGGAAUUACAACUGAACAGGGUGAGAACGCUAGCGCUGAAAGGAACUCGACGUUUAGAUGAAAAAGUAGGGAAACACUCGAAGUACUAG